UGAGAGGGAAUCCCCGGUAGUGGACAUGUGUAACACGUGACCUGUCCGGCAGUUGGGGUCGUCUAACACAUCGUCAAAUGCCUCUGUACAUGAAUAGACUUCUAAGGGGUUUUCCUCGAUUGAGAAAACAUUUAACAGGGGCAAUGUUUCUCAACUCUGAAGACCCCUUUAAUAAAGAGGUAUUUCCGACAACUGGAUCCCAAAAGAGAAGGGAACCUGCACCCGGGGAUUCAUGAGGCAUAAUGGAUGUGACAUAUCAUCUUGAGCUAUUCCCUCAAUAUAAAGUGACUAUGCUUCUGUUCCAUAAUGUGAAGAAUGCAUCUCAGCUAAGAAAAAAGGCAAUGGCUGGAUCUAUUGAGGGUGCCUUACUGACCCCUGGCAUGAUUAUAGAUCCUCUUCAGGUUCUUACAGCAAUAAAUAAAGCAAUCCAUCUACAGUUAUUAGGAAAAAUGAAGACUAGAACUCUCAACUCUGAAAUUAUAUUCAAUUUGUCCCCAACCAACAAUAUUUCGGAAGCUUUUAAAAAGUUUGGCCUGUCAGACAGUGAUUCUGGAGUUCUUGUUGUUUUGACUGAUGAUGGGACUAGAUCUUUGAAUUCUCAAGAAUUAAUCUCUCAUGUUGAAGGCCAGCAAGUUCCAUUGGCAGAUCUGGCACAGCUGACAGACUUUGCACAAGUGAAAAAGGUGUAUAAAAUUACAACAGAAGAAGAGAAAAUGGGUUCCAUAUUGGAUGCCAUUAUUUGUAGAAUGUCUGUCAAAGAUGUCUUAUGAAGACCAUAUUUUCAUAUUUUGGCUUAAUGUAAGCAGAGUUUCUUCAUACAUUGGCGCUAAUUUAUUAAAUAUAAGGCACCAGAGUUGGUGCACAUGUCACAUACCACAUUUAUUAAGUUUUUUUGACACUUUUUCUCCUUGUUAGGUAAGGCAGUGUGGCUUAAAAAUGCACCACAUUGCGCUAAAAUGGGCCUAAAGGAAACAUAAGAGUGACAUAAAGUUAAGUAAAAGUGUAUAACGAUGUGACAAAUUUAACAUACAGUUGUGAUAAAAUUGGCCACUGUAGUUCCAAGCUGUUUAAAUUUAAGACAGUAUAUAAACCUGCCCCAUUAUAUAAUGCUUUGGGGACAGAGGCUAAAUGUACAGAUUUUUUUUUAUUUUCUUAAUAAACCAUUUCAAUUUGUAACCGACUGCAUCCUUCCACUGCUUCAACAGCAGCAGUCUAAUUCAUGUACACAGACAUCU